AUGGUGAUUGGUAACCCCGACAUCAAAACCAUCAUCGCCGGUUCCAUUCCACGCCGCAGGAGUCAGUGGCGGUAUGCAACCGUCGUCCUGAAUGCCAAAUCGCCGUUGAAUUACGUGGCGAGGCUCGGCCGUGGUGCCACGGGCUUCACCACCUGUUCUGAUAUUGGUCCAGCAUGUUUGAACUUUGAGUGUAUUGGAUUAGGGUUUGCAGUUUGGUGGGUCAUGGGAAGGAUUUGGGAUGAAAUUUUGUUGACUGAUUGGACGUGGGUUGUUACAAGAUAUGGGGAAAUAAUCUUCUUACCAAAUACCUCGGGAGCAAUUUUUGGGAAGUUUUGCAAAUACAAAGCGCUGAGCUGGUUGAAUUGCUAA